UUGUUAAAAGCUCUUUUAUCUUUAAAACUGCCAACACCCCGAUUCCGUCUCUCCGGCCAGGAAAUAUACAUACAAAGGGGUAAGGAGCUCUGAUUUGAGUGAUUUCCACUCCACCGGGCAUCGGAUAUAUUAUCAUCUCUCAGUGAGAGCUAAUUAAGCUAGUAACCAUGGGACGAGCUCCUUGCUGCGACAAAGCCAAUGUCAAGAGAGGCCCAUGGUCCCCUGAAGAAGAUACUGCUCUCAAGAACUACGUUGAGAAAUAUGGCACUGGUGGUAACUGGAUCGCUUUACCCCAGAAAGCAGGCCUUAGACGUUGUGGCAAGAGCUGCCGUUUGAGAUGGCUCAAUUAUCUCAGACCAGACAUCAAACAUGGAGGUUUUACUGAAGAGGAAGAUAACAUAAUAUGUACUCUCUACAAUAGCAUAGGAAGCAGGUGGUCUGUGAUAGCAUCCCAACUGCCCGGAAGAACAGACAACGAUGUGAAGAAUUACUGGAAUACCAAGUUGAAGAAGAAGUGGCUGGCAAAGAAGAACGGCCUCAACAGCAACAGCAGCAUCACAACCACCGUCAAUAGCAAUAAAGCCAAUAAUAACAACAUGGACUUCAGUUCCACACCAUCUUCUUCUACUUGUCUAACUACUAAAACCGAAACUUUCGAUUAUGACUUCUCCACUUUUCUCAACACAAGCUCUACAACAGUACUACCUUUUUCGACUGGAGGUGGGUUAGGACACGACGUGAACUCCAACAGAAAGAUUCCCGACCCAACCCACUUGUCUCUGCCGGCGGGACUCAUGGAACCAUCGGAAUUAGGAACCAGCAGAAACAACAGUUACAGUGUUACAUCAUCUCAAGAUGUUUCUGGUCUUUCAGCCUCACCGUCUGUGGGCAUGGAGAACGGCUACGGCACAUGGUCCGGCAAUGGCGGUGGUGAUGAUCAGUAUGGGUUGUUUAUGGAUUUUGGGUCAUCUCCGUAUCAUCUUCUCAAUGGAUUUGGAUUUCAAGAGAAAUACAAUGUCGACGAAGCAACUCCAUAUUUAGCCAACACUACAUAUACAAAUUUAUUGGCUACAGUUUAUGAGACAAAACCCCAGGGGCUGUAUCAAAGUGUUUCAUUGAAAUAGUUGAAAAAGACAAACAUCGAAAGAUCAAGUGAUGAGAAAUAGUAACACACAGCAUAGUAGUUUUUAUUAUUUUUUAGAUGUGUUUUGUUAAUAGGAUCUUGAUUGUGUUGAUAGUUAGAAGACAUUAUUAUGCAAAUGACAUUUAAAUCAUGAAUGGAACUGGAUUUUGCUUUUAGGUAUAUAGAUAA